AUGUCUAGCUUCUACAUCGAGAACAAGAACGUUGGCAACAAGGCCGAGAGUGAAGACUGGAGAAUUCGCGGUUACAACCCUCUGACUCCUCCCGACCUGCUCCAGCACGAGAUUGCCCAAACUCCCAAGUCGAAGCAAACCGUUAUCGAGGGCCGUGAGGAGGCUGCAGCCGUAGUCAAUGGCACCGACGAGAAGGGCAGACUUCUGGUCAUCAUUGGUCCUUGCUCGAUCCACGACCCCAAGGCCGCUCUCGAGUACUGCGACCUUCUUCUCGCCGCGAAGGAGAAGCACAAGGAUGAGCUGCUCAUUGUGAUGCGCUCCUACUUGGAGAAGCCGCGCACAACUGUUGGAUGGAAGGGUCUGAUUAACGACCCCGAUAUCGACAACAGCUUCAAGAUCAACAAGGGUCUCCGCCUAUCAAGACAGCUCUUCGUCGAUCUUACGGACAAGGGUAUGCCCAUUGCUAGCGAGAUGCUGGAUACUAUUUCGCCCCAGUUCCUCGCUGAUUUGCUGUCCGUUGGGGCCGUCGGCGCGAGAACCACGGAGAGCCAGCUGCACCGCGAGUUGGCCAGCGGUCUCAGUUUCCCCGUCGGCUUCAAGAACGGUACCGAUGGCUCGCUCGGAGUCGCAAUUGACGCCAUUGGCGCCGUCAGACAUCCCCAUCACUUCCUCUCUGUUACCAAGCCCGGUGUCGUCGCUAUUGUCGGCACAGUAGGCAAUGAGGACUGCUUCGUUAUCCUGAGAGGCGGGACCAAGGGUACCAACUACGACGCCAAGAGCAUCGCCGAGGCCAAGGCGGCGCUGGAGAAGGCUGGCCUGCCCCAGAGGCUCAUGGUCGACUGCAGUCACGGCAACUCUUUGAAGAACCACAAGAACCAGCCCAAGGUCGCCAGCGAGCUCGCGGCCCAAAUCUCCAAGGGCGAGACCGCCGUAAUGGGUGUCAUGAUUGAGAGCAACAUCAACGAGGGCAACCAGAAGGUUCCCAAGGAGGGCCCCAGUGCUUUGAAGUACGGUGUCAGCAUCACCGACGCGUGCAUCCACUGGGACGAUACCGUCUCAGUUCUGGAUGAGCUCGCCAGCGCAGUAAAGCGACGCCGCGAAAUCCUCAGCAGAAAUGGCCACGCCUGA